AUGGAGAGUGUCGACCAACUCUGCUUUCCAAAACUCAACGCCUCCUGCAGAAAGCCGACCCUCCACUGGACGAACGCUGUGCUCAUGAACAUUGUGCUCUCAUCCGUCUCUCUGAUCACCGCAGUUCUAAACCUGCUCGUCAUCAUCUCCGUCUCCCACUUCAGGCAACUCUACACACCCACUAACAUCCUCCUGCUCUCUCUGGCUGUCUCAGAUUUCCUUGUCGGCUUCCUGCUGAUGCCGGGAGAAAUCUACCUAAGAACAGGGUGCUGGUUUCUCGGUGACAAUGUGUGUUCCCUCUAUAAUCACGUUUCCUUCAUCAUUACCUCCGCUUCAGUGGGAGACAUGGUGCUCAUAUCAAUCGACCGCUACGUGGCUAUUUGUGACCCUCUGCAUUAUCCCACCAGAGUCACUGUGACAAAAGCCAAGCUGUGUGUUUUUCUGUGUUGGCUCUGCUCUGUUUUCUACAGCAGUGUCAUUUUGCAUGAUGACCCGAGGCAUCCAGACGAGCACAACUCCUGCUACGGAGAAUGUGUGCUCGUCGUCAGCUACCUUGCAGGAGUCGCUGACCUUCUUUUCACCUUCAUCGUUCCCAUUUCUGUCAUCGUAGUUCUGUAUUUGAGGGUGUUUGUGGUGGCUGUGUCUCAGGCUCGUGCCAGGCGCUCUCAUGUUACCGCCGUCACCCUCCAGCUUUCAGUGACUCUAACGACAAAAAAAUCGGAGUUAAAAGCAGCCAGGACUCUGGGGGUUCUAAUAGUCGUGUUUCUAAUGUGUUUCUGCCCGUAUUACAGUGUCUCUUUAGCUGCCGAUGAGUCCCUCAGCAGCUCGUUGGCAUCCUUUGCCGUCUAUUUGUUUUAUUUUAACUCCUGUCUGAACCCUGUGAUCUACGCCCUGUUUUACCCCUGGUUUAGAAGAGCUGUUAAACUCAUUGUCACUCUGCAGAUACUGCAGCCUGGCUCCUGUGAGGCCAACAUACUGUAG